GGAGGCGGUCCGGCCCCGGCCAGGACGCCGCUGGCGCUCGGGCUCCUGCUGGCGCUGGCCGCGGCGGCGGCGGGCGGCUCCAUCGAGGAUCAAGCAGAACAGCUUUUUAGAAGUGGCCAUACAAACAACUGGGCAGUUUUGGUGUGCACAUCCAGAUUCUGGUUUAAUUACCGUCACGUUGCCAACACUCUGUCUGUGUAUAGAAGUGUCAAAAGAUUAGGCAUUCCUGACAGUCACAUAGUCUUGAUGCUGGCAGAUGAUAUGGCUUGUAACCCUCGCAACCCCAAACCAGCUACUGUGUUUAGCCACAAAAAUAUGGAACUAAAUGUUUAUGGCGAUGAUGUGGAAGUGGAUUAUAGAAGCUAUGAGGUUACUGUGGAGAACUUCUUACGGGUAUUAACAGGGAGAAUUCCUCCUAGCACUCCUCGGUCCAAGCGUCUACUUUCUGAUGAUAGAAGCAAUAUUCUCAUUUAUAUGACAGGUCAUGGUGGAAAUGGUUUCUUGAAAUUUCAGGAUUCUGAAGAAAUUACCAACGUAGAACUUGCAGAUGCAUUUGAACAAAUGUGGCAGAAAAGACGGUAUAAUGAACUUCUGUUUAUCAUCGACACCUGUCAAGGAGCAUCCAUGUAUGAGCGAUUUUAUUCUCCUAAUAUAAUGGCCCUAGCAAGUAGCCAAGUGGGAGAAGACUCGCUUUCACAUCAACCCGAUCUUGGAAUUGGAGUGCAUCUCAUGGACAGAUACACAUUUUAUGUUUUGGAAUUUUUGGAAGAAAUUCAUCCAGCUAGCCAAACGAAUAUGAAUGAUCUUUUCCAGGUGUGCCCCAAGAGUUUAUGCGUUUCUACUCCUGGACAUCGGACUGAUCUUUUUCAAAGAGACCCUCAUAACGUUUUGAUAACUGACUUUUUUGGAAGUGUACGGAAGGUCGAAAUUACAACAGAGACCAUUUCAUUGAAACCUGUUGCGGAACAAUUGGAAAUCAGUCACAAGAAAGACCAGAAGGAAGAGAUGCCAACUGAACCAUUAAAAUACGCCGAACAGCUUCCAGUAGCUCAGAUAAUACACCAGAAACCAAAGCAGAAAGAUUGGCAUCCCCCCGGCGGAUUUAUUCUUGGACUCUGGGCCUUAAUCAUCAUGGUCUUCUUCAAGACCUAUGGAAUCAAGCAUAUGAAGUAUGUUUUCUAAUUCUGCUGAAUGUAAGGAGAGACCAUCAACUAAUAUAUUAAAUUUCAUCUGAGUUGAAAUUCGGUCCCAAUAAGGGAUCGUCAUUUGUAUAUUGUGUCUGGGUGUCUUGGAAAAAAAUAAAGACACUUUCAAUCUCU